AUGACCAGGCUUAUUAGGCUAGCCCUGCCAUCAUCGGUAUUCCCCAGAAUCGUCAACGGCGUACGAUAUAUCUCAAGAGCGAGCGUCGAAAAAACCAUUCUUGAUCAACCCACUUCAAGAAGCAUCCUAUCUUAUUUGAAAAGUUUACCCCAGAAUGACUUGAAAACCUAUUUCUCACUAGACGAACAGAGAAACUCGGACUUCACCAACAAGUUACUUGAAUUAAUCAAUUCAGAAGUGAUCCUGGAUCCUAAGCAAGUGUUGGAAUUGGUACUGUACAUCAAGUACAAUGCUUUUGAGUUCACAAGACUUCAAGUGUCUAAAGACAAAGACUCUGCAGAAAUUUACCGGAAAAUCUUUGAUUCAAUAGAUGGGAAGUUUUUAGAGGACCCAAUCAAGUCGUCGCUAGCGAAAUUUCUUUUGAAACCCAAUACCACAAAGAUCCAAAAACCAAUGUUCAAAAUGUUAGUAUCAGAAAUUAUCAACUCUCCAACAUAUUCUGACGAAGAUAAACUCGGUAUGGUUUUCUCGUAUCUUGACAAAUUGGCCCUGAUUCAAGAAACGAGAAUCAAAUUGGAUUUGUUGAAUUACUUUAAAUCAGAAUACGAGAAGACCAAAAAAGUGUUGAAGGAUAAAUCAAUGAUCGAACAAAAAUUAUUACAAGAUUUUCAAAACCAAAACUUCCACUCGGAGUUUUUCCGUGAAUAUUGUAUCAACUUACAUUAUGACUUCUUCAAUUCUUUGAUUGAUAAACGAGUGGUUAAACCCAUUGAUUAUCCUGAUCUUUUAAUUAAACUUUUGAAUUGCAAUAUCAAUUUGACCGCGGCGCAUAUCGAUGUGAAUUUCAAGAAGUUUGUCAGAUACUUAUUGAGCGGUUCUUCUCAAGAAAACUCUGAUUUGAUUGCUGGAUUCUCCUGGCCCGUUAAGUUGGAUUCUCUUGAGUUCAAUGAAUCAUUUUUUGAAACUGGCAACGUACGAGACCCCCAGGUAGAAUCCUUCUUAAUAACCCAUCAAAAGGCAAUAAGCGAAAUGUAUUUCGAGUCGAAAUUGGCUAACCUAUACCCAGUGAAUGUGUUCUCAAAGAUUAUUCACCGUCAUGCGAAGGAAAAACAAGAUAUGGUAAAUAAUGUCACCUCGAAACUUAUUAAAUUGGUGAGUAAAGAUCAAGAAAAGAUGCUGCACAAUAGUAAGUAUCUACAGGCCAUCAAUAAUAGUACGGUAGAAAAGGAUAAGAAUUUGAAAAAACUUAUUGAGUUUUUGCUCCAGAAAUUUGAUAAUACAAUCUUUUCUAGUUCUUUGAAUUACAAUAUUCGAUUUCUUACUCUGUUGUUUUGUGCCUUGAUCAGUUAUUCGAUGAAUAGAAUAGAUCCGGCCUCAGUGAUGUCAAUUUUAAAUAAAGUGGUGCAACUUAAUCAAAAAUUGGAGGUGAUUCGCCAAAGAAACAAGAAGGAAUAUAUCCCCAAUGUCAAUGCAAACCUUAUCAUUUUAUUAUUAAUCACUGGCUUUAGAGAACGGGGAAUGACCAAUGAAUCCUUAAAGCUUUUGAAUUAUUUAAUAAAUGUUAAUGUGGAAAAUUCAAACUACGAAAAAGAGAGAUUUCGGGAAAGAUCUGUCACCUCCAAAGAUUUGGUCACCGAGUUUUUGAUGAUUUUACGUUUAAAUUAUUCUCAUGAUCCCAGAAUCUUUAUGAGUUAUUACAUUGAAUUGAUGACCAACCAUGACUCUAUCAUGAAAACCAUUAAUGGGCCAAGUGACGGUACUAAAGGUAACAUUGUUGUCAGCCGUCAAAUCACCAAUCAGGAAUUGUUGACUUACAGCCUCCAGCAUCCAGAGCUCGCGAAAUUUAAUAAUUACAAAUCAUCAUUUUACGUUUUAAAUAAGUUAGGAUUGAUAAAAUUGUGUUACAAGAAAGAUAGUGCAGCCGCCGACAAUUUAGAAAUUGAUUUGAAAGACUCUCUACAGUUCAAAUAUUAUGAAGAGAACUUGGUUCGUGCAAAUUUGAGACCCGAACUCAGAAAUAGCUUGUUCACUUUGGAAUCGUUGAGUAUUUGUUAUUCCGUAAUAUUGGAAUACUUGUCAUCUAACGAAUUACUCACGGAGAAAUUAUUAACCAAGCUAUAUGACAACUAUAUCCAGUUGAUUGAAGAAACUCAACGGAUUCCAAACCUUUCGCCAAACCAUCCAUUUUCGGAAUCUAAAAUCAACGAUGUGAUUACUAUUCAAUUCAUCAACCGGUGCUUGUCAAUAAACAAGAAUGUUGACUUAGUAGACGAUUUCUUAAUAAAGUUUUUGAAUAAAGUGAAAUUUCAGAAACGCAAACUAUCGUUGAAAAGUUUCGAAAAAAUCAUUUUUUUGAACGCCAUGAAGUUUUUCCAAGAUAAGCUGGAGAAUAGAGAGCAUUAUCAUAACAAGACCAUCAGUUGGAUAAAAUUGAUGAACAACAAUUUUGACCAGCCGUUGAGUUUCUGGAGCAAAAUGUCGUUGAUUUUGUUGAAUUAUAACAAGAAUAAAAAUCGGGAGAGUUAUCGCUGGUUCAUGGAUUUAGUUGAGCAAGGAAAAAAUUACGAUAAUUUAAGACAUAUUUUAUUGGUAAAUUUGGCCAGAGAUAAUGAUUGGCCAUUACCGAAAUACUUAAAGAAUAUUAGUGUAUCCAAAGAUGUGUACUUCGACAAGAACGACGCUGAUCCGGUGUUAAAUAAUGCCAACUUCAAGAUUUUUAAUGUGACAAAGGACGAUAUUUUGGAAUUUGAUAAUGAUAAAUUGGAAGAUUUUUAUGAUGAAGAUGAGGGCAUGGUCAAUGGCAGUGCCUCAGGUCAUAAUUCUCUUGGGGUGUUACCAGCAGUUAAUGAAAAAGAUAGCUUACAACAAGGCAUGGAUGAUGCUUUCUUCCAGGAAAUUUAUGGCAUCCUCCCCAAAUUGACUAAUAAUUAA